CUCUGCUUCCGCUUCCUUUCCCGACAGGUCAUUCACUCGCAACCAUCCCAUCCAUCCCAUCCCAUCCCAUCCCGACCCUCUCUUUCCCUCUUACUCACUCACUCACACACACACAUUUGUCUCUCUCUCUCCCCCUCCCCUUCCCCUCGGGCCUUCCAUCUUCCUCCAUCCUUUGAAGACCGCUUUCGCCCUUUGUGCCUUACCCCGUAUCGGGACGCCGUCCGUCCCCGUUGCCUACAAUCAAUUCUAAUCGCUUUUUUUUUCCCUCCCGCGCUGCUCAUCACCGACCCCUGCAACCUUUUCUUACGCGACAAGACAAGACAAGACGUACCCGUCACGUCACGUCGACGCAGAAGACAAGCACUUUCGGCUCAGCAGCUCCAACGACUCCAGUGCAGACCAUCCUGUCCAGUCUCAUCCUUCCCGCCUGCGACCGAGUCCUCCUUCCGCCCCGCCCGCAACCGACGCGAUCCAGAGGAUCCCUCCACCCCUCCCCGAUUGCUCCAGCGCGCGUACCUUUCGCGAAUACCUCACGUACCCAAUUUUUCAAUCGCCAUUUUGCGCAUUCAACACAUCAUCAAACAUGCCUUCCGCCACAGCUCCUGAGCGGCACUUGCCCAUUAAGCACAAUCCUAUGAUGAUCGAGGAUGUGCCGGCCUACAACGAUCUCGUCUCGCGCCGUCGCCUCGGUCAGACCCAGCUGACGGCCAAGAUGGUGAACCUCGCCGAAGGUGACGGUGCAGCUCUGGGCGUUUUCGACUACGCCCAUCUCCGCGCGCCGCUGCCCAAGGGAAUCGUCUCCGGCAUCUUCAAGUCCAGCCCCAACAGCUACUUCCUCAUGCGCCGGAGCCACGACGGCUUCGUCUCGGCCACCGGCAUGUUCAAGGCCACCUUCCCUUACGCCGAGGCCGCCGAGGAAGAAGCCGAGCGCAAGUAUAUCAAGUCGCUUGCCACCACCAGCCCCGAGGAGACGGCCGGCAACGUUUGGGUUCCUCCCGAACACGCCCUGAUUCUUGCCGACGAGUAUGGCAUCGCCACUUGGAUCCGAGCCCUGCUGGAUCCUGCCAGCAUUGCCGUCUCCAACACCCCCGACAGUCCUCCCAAGAAGAUCGCCGCCCCUCCGAAAUUCGACCUUUUCAGGGCUCACCCCCAGCUCGCGCCUCCCACCCCUACUUCCCUGCCCCGCAGCACCCGAUCUCGCCGCUCUGCAAGCCCGGCCAAGACGACGAUUCCCAGACCGGUCAGGUCCCCCCGAAAGCGCAAGGCCAAGGCCGAAUCGGUCGAACCAAGGGAAUCCACGCCGACCCUCGGCACCGCGACCAAGCUCGAGGUGAAUGGUGUCAUUGACGAGGACCAGGAUGCCGAGGCCGAAGUGAAGCAGACCGUUAGAACCAUUAAGAUGGAGCCCGCCGUUGUCUUGGAGCCAAGGGAGGAGGACCCUAAGGCCAAGGUUGUCGUCGACCAAGACGUCAAGACCGAAGAGGACGGACACGAGACGAAGCACACUGCCGUAUCACUAGAGCUUCCCCUGCUGAGCUCGGCGCCUCCUACUGCCGAAGAGACCGCGCGCAUGAUUGCCGAGGCCAAGCAGAUGGUCGAGGCUGCUGCGGUCAAGUUGGAGGACGGUGUGAACAGCCCGAAGGCCAAGAAGGGCAAACGUGGGGCGGAAGACAUCUCCAAGGGAGACGACGAAGAUGAGGAGAAGGACGCGGCGGCUGAUUUUGCGGAUGAGCCACGCGCGAAGAAGGCCAAGACGGCCGAGGUUCAGGUCAAGAAGCUGCGCGUGCGGAAUCGGGCUCUGUUCGGCCUGAGCGCCGUGUCACUCGCUGUUGGCGCAUUUUCCUACUUCGUGGGGUCCUUGUGAGGCGUUGUCCAAAAACUCUACACGUACGGGCUUCUCAGGGGCAGUGGGCAGCAGUAGCAGGAUGAGGGGGGUACGGUGGUCUGGCCAUGGCGCAUGGAGCGCCGUGAAUCGACUGAGCAGUCGCUCCGAGCAUUUUUGCUGGUGGUGGUAGACAUGGCGGCAGACCUUUUCUAUAUCGUUUUUCUGCCUUUCGCUCAUACCCAUAGAGCUCGGGGGAACUCGGGCCGGCUUUCUUUUUCACUCUCUGUCUGUGGAAUAUUUGGGUGGAAUCAAACUCAGUGUACAUUGGAAUCGCCUCCUCGUGGCGAAAAAAGGAACGGGGGGGGGGGCGUGGGUUUGUGGGAGGGCCAAAUCGCGCGGUCCAGGAUUGAGGAUUGAGGCGAGUGUAAUCGAUGUACUGUUUAUGUUUUAGGUUCUUCUGCUCGC